GAGGCGUUUGGAAUGUAGGGGUGUCGCCUACCAGAAGGACGCGCCUCCUCAUGAAUAUUCAAAAUCAGGGGUGGGGUCUUAACCCUUUGCUGCCGGGCCGGCCGGAAGGCAGCCCCUCCCCCCCGCAGGCGGGAACAGGAUGUAAGCCCCGGCGACAGCGGGGGAGGGGAAACCCCGGGCGACCGCCCCCCGCCUCACAGCUGGGACCGGACUCUCCCGCCCCAGAUGUGGCGUCGCCGCCGUCACAGGAGCCCCGUGUCACCCAGCCGGGAGCCCGAGGGGUCCAGAGGCUCGGACCCGGGCGUCCGGAAUUUCUGCACCGCAUCCUGAGAGACCCCGAGGUCCAGGCCCCGGCGCCCAGGCUGGAGGACUUGAGCCAUCCAGGUGCGCAGCGCCCCCUCCUGGAGCAGCCGGGAGCCCGGACGUCACCCCGGGGGACCCUGGAGGCCGAGCGCCCCGUAUUCCCGGUUUCAAGAACUCAGGAUCCAGGACCGCAGACGCCCUCCAGGGCUCCAAUCCCAAGACCCCGCGUUGGAGGAACUUGAGAUCCGGACUUCUAAGCGCCCCAACCAGUUUUGGGCUGCAGCGUCCAUCACUUCAAGGGGACCCAGGACUUUGGGACCCCCCUGUGCUCCAACCUGGAGGGAGUUUCAUUCCUGCCCCUGGAAUUAGGGGAACUCAGAAAUCCACCCCCCACCCCACGGCCCUACCUAGAAGACUCAGGAAUGUGGGUCCCCAGCGCCCCCAUCUGAGGCUCCAGAGUCGAGGCUCCUAGCAUCCCCUACUUAGAACACCGAUAAAUUCCGACUGCGGGACCCCAGUCUCCGAGAGACCCCAGAUUCUAUUCCUGGAGCCUGAGAGCCCGAAGUUUACGCCCCUGAGUCUGGGCUCCGCACCUCCCCGGGGACCUCGUCGGGGUCGCGCAGGAGCCGGGCUGCCUCGGGCCGGGGCUUGAGGCUCCCCGGGAGGACUCUGCUGGGCCGCUCAGCCAUGCCAGAGGGAGCCCAAGGACUGAGCCUCUCCAAACCCAGCCCAAGCCUCGGGUGUGGCCGAAGAGGUGAAGUGUGUGACUGUGGCACCGCUUGUGAGACUCGGACAGCAGCUCCUGCAGCCCCCACCAUGACCUCCCCCCGAGGUUCUGGGAGCUCCACAUCCCUGAGCACAGUGGGCUCUGAGGGGGAUCCAGCCCCGGGACCCACUCCAGCCUGCUCAGCCUCCAGGCCAGAGCCCCUUCCAGGGCCCCCCAUCCGCCUACAUCUCUCUCCGGUGGAGAUCCCAGGUUCAGCCAAACCCUCAAGGCUGGAGCGUGUGGCCCGGGAGAUCGUGGAGACAGAGCGGGCCUAUGUCAGAGACCUCCGCAGCAUCGUGGAAGACUACCUGGGCCCUCUGCUGGACGGCGGGGUCCUAGGGCUGAGCAUGGAGCAGGUGGGCACGCUGUUUGCCAACAUUGAGGACAUCUACGAGUUCAGCAGCGAGCUCCUGGAGGACUUAGAGAACAGCAGCAGCGCUGGGGGCAUUGCCGAGUGCUUCGUGCAGAGGAGCGAGGAUUUUGACAUCUACACAUUGUACUGCAUGAACUACCCGAGCUCCCUGGCCCUGCUCCGGGAGCUGUCGUUGUCUCCGCCAGCAGCGCUGUGGCUGCAGGAGCGCCAGACCCAGCUUCGCCACUCACUGCCCCUGCAGAGCUUCCUGCUGAAACCUGUCCAGCGCAUCCUCAAGUACCAUCUGCUGCUGCAGGAACUAGGGAAGCACUGGGCGGAGGGCCCAGGCGCUGGGGGCCGCGAGAUGGUGGAGGAAGCUAUUGUGUCCAUGACAGCGGUUGCCUGGUACAUCAACGACAUGAAGCGCAAGCAGGAGCAUGCGGCGCGCCUCCAGGAAGUGCAGCGGCGGCUGGGUGGCUGGACUGGCCCGGAGCUCAGUGCUUUUGGGGAGCUGGUGCUGGAGGGCGCGUUCCGAGGAGGUGGAGGGGGCGGCCCCCGGUUACGAGGGGGUGAGCGGCUGCUCUUCCUGUUCUCUCGGAUGCUGCUGGUGGCCAAGCGCAGGGGGCUGGAGUACACCUACAAAGGCCACAUCUUCUGCUGCAACCUGAGCGUGAGCGAGAGUCCCCGAGACCCUCUAGGGUUCAAGGUGUCUGAUCUGACCAUUCCCAAGCACAGACACCUGCUCCAGGCCAAGAACCAAGAAGAGAAGAGGCUGUGGAUUCACUGUCUCCAGCGCCUCUUCUUUGAGAACCACCCUGCCUCCAUCCCUGCCAAGGCAAAGCAAGUUCUCCUUGAAAACAGCCUGCAUUGUGCCCCCAAAAGUAAGCCUGUCCCAGAGCCCCUGACACCCCCACUUGGGUCUCCUCGACCUCGAGAUGCUAGAAGUUUUACCCCUGGGCGAAGGAACACAGCUCCAUCUCCUGGGCCCUCUGUGAUCCGCCGAGGCCGCAGGCAGUCUGAGCCGGUGAAGGACCCUUAUGUCAUGUUCCCACAGAACGCUAAGCAUGGAUUCAAGCAUGCUGGCAGCGAAGGUGAACUCUACCCCUCAGAAUCUCAGCCACCAGUUUCAGGCUCAGGACCGCCUGAGGACCUAGAGGAUGCUGGACCUCCAACACUGGACCCCUCUGGGACCUCAAUCACUGAAGAAAUCCUGGAACUGCUGAAUCAGCGAGGCCUUCGAGAUCCAGGGCCAUCCACACAUGACGUUCCCAAGUUUUCAAGAGACUCCCAGGUGCCUGGCGACAGCGAAACCCUCACAUUCCAAGCCCUGCCCAGCCGGGACUCUUCUGAAGAGGAGGAGGAGGAGGAGGAGGAGGAAGGACUGGAGAUGGAUGAACGGGGGCCUUCCCCACUCCAUGUCCUGGAGGGGCUCGAAAGUUCCAGUGCAGCUGAAAUGCCCAACAUUCCCUGCCUUACCAAAAUUCCUGACGUGCCCAACCUUCCUGAAAUUCCCAGCCGCUGUGAAAUUCCCGAAGGUCCCCACCUUCCUAGUGUCUCCGACAUUUCCGGUGUUUUUGAGAUGCCCUGCCUUCCAGCCAUGCCUAGUGUCCCCGACACCCCCAGUCUUUCUAGCACUCCCACCCUCCCCUGUGACUCCUGGCUCCAGGGGCCUCUGCAGGAACCAGUUGAGGCUCCAGUCACCAGGAGAGAACUGUUCUCUGGAAGCAAUCCUGGGAAACUGGGAGAGUCGCCCUCAGGAGGCAAGGCAGGGCCAGAGGAGGAUGAAGAAGGGGUAUCAUACCCAGACUUCCAGCCCCAGGAUGUCACCCAACAUCAGGGAUUCCCAGCUGAGCUGGCAUUCCGCUCUUGCUCAGAAAUCCGGAGCGCCUGGCAGGCAUUGGAGCAGGGGCAGCUGGCCCGGCCAGGCUUCCCAGAGCCACUGCUGAUCCUGGAGGAUUCGGAUCUGGGUGGAGACAGCGGGAGUGGGAAGGCCGGAGCCCAGUGUUCGGAAAGGACAGCAUCCCGAGUGCGAGAGCUGGCCCGGCUUUACAGUGAGCGGAUCCAGCAGAUGCAGCGGGCGGAGACUCGGGCAUCGGCCAACGCCCCCCGCCGCCGGCCUCGGGUUCUGGCCCAACCCCAGCCGUCCCCCUGUCUGCCCCAGGAGCAGGCGGAGCCAGGGCUCCUGCCUGCCUUUGGACACGUGCUGGUGUGUGAGUUGGCCUUCCCGCUGACAUGUGCCCAGGAGUCUGUCCCCCUGGGUCCUGCUGCCUGGGUUCAAGCUGCCAUACCUUUGUCGAAGCAGGGAGGCAGCCCGGAUAGCCAAGGUCUACAUGUUUCAAAUUUGCCUAAGCAAGACCAUCCGGGCAUCCACGUUUCAGCUGCUACCCUUCUGCCUGAACAAGGAGGUUCCCAGCAUGUCCAGGCUCCAGCCGCUACACCUUUGCCCAAGCAGGAAUGCCCCCUACACCUUCAGGUGCCGGCUCUUACAAGUUUCCCUGAUCCAGGCCACCUGGAAACCCAAGUUCCAGCUACCACUCCUUUGCCUGAGCAUAGAAGUCACGUGGCUAUACCAGCUCCAUCCACCGCCUUUUGUCCUGAGCAGGGACGCUGUGUGGACAUCCACGUUCCCACCACUCCAGCUUUGCCCAAGGAGAUUUGUUCUGAUUUCACAGUUUCAGCCACCACUCCUGUGCCCAAGCAAGAAGGUCACCUAGACAGCAAGAGCUCAACCAAUAUCCCACUAACAAAGCAAGGAGGUUCCAGGGAUGUUCCGGGCCCAGACCCUGUCUGCAGUCAACCCAUCCAGCCUUUGUCUUUGCAUGGAAGCAGCCUGGACCCCCAGGGCCCAGGCAACACCCCACCGCCCUUGCCAUGUCAUCUCCCAGACCUUCAGAUUCCAGGUACCUCACCUUUGCCUGCACAUGAAGGCCACCUGGACCAUGGGAUCCCAGCCAACGCCCCACUGUCUCUGUCCCAGGACCUUCCAGACACUCGGGUUCCAGCUACCACACCUUUGCCCCUGCCACAAGGCCUCACAGACAUCUGGGUCCAAGCCCUCCCAACUUCACCCAAGCAGGGAAGCCUCCCAGACAUCCAGGGUCCAGCGGCUACACCUCCACUUCAGGAGCCAACCCUUACAGAUACACAGGUCCAAAAACUCACACCUUUGUUGGAGCAGAAGAGCCUCACAGAUGCCCAUGAUCCAGCUGCCACACCUUUACCUGAGAGAGGAGGCUCUCUAGACAUUCAGGGCCUCUUACCCACCCCAUUUCAGACCACCAUGGUUUUGUCCAAACCAGGAGGCUCCUUAGCCUCUCAUGUUGCCAGGUUGGAGUCUUCAGACUUGACCCCACCUCAUAGUCCCCCACCUUCCAGCCGUCAGCUCCUGGGUCCCAAUGCAGCUGCCCUCUCCAGAUACCUGGCAGCCUCAUAUAUUAGCCAGAGCCUGGCUCGGCGGCAGGGGCCUGGGGGAGGGGUCCCCGCAGCCUCCCGGGGCUCCUGGUCCUCCUCUGCUCCCACGUCACGGGCAUCUUCGCCGCCCCCCCAGCCCCAGCCACCACCUCCCCCAGCCAGGCGGCUCAGCUAUGCCACGACGGUUAAUAUCCAUGUGGGUGGAGGUGGGCGGCUGCGGCCAGCCAAGGCCCAGGUCCGGUUGAACCACCCUGCUCUCUUGGCCUCCACACAGGAAUCUAUGGGCCUUCGCAGGGCCCAGGGGUCUCCUGAUGCCCGCUUCCAUAUGUGAGCCAGGACAUGAGACUUCCCCAAAGCAAAGACUUCAGCCAGAUGCCAUAGACCCUCAGAACUUGGCCCGGAAGUCCAGACACUGGACGCAGGCCUCAAAACUGCUGCGGCUUUCCAGCUCCUGGUUUCUGUGUCGGCGAAUGGCCCUUCUUGCCUUGAUCCACAGGGAUGGGGAAGGGAAUAUCAUCAAUGUUUUGUUAAUACUGAUUGUUUCAUGCGAUGAUGUGUAUUUUCCCAUUCUGGAGGCUGUGGGGGAUGACAAGACAAUGAAUGGGAAAGUCUAACACAGAACAAAUCAGUGAUUCUGAACACUUGGAGAAUCUCAGACUCCUUUGAGAAUUAUUGGAAAAUGGAUCCACUAUCAUUUGGA